CCAGGGUUCCAGGGUUUUCUAGCUCAUUUUGGCGGAAAACCUGAGUAGUGGACAAACUGCUCGCUCGCUACACUCACUUCUCCAAACCGAUACUGUUUCCUUCCUCCGCCGCCAGCCACCGCAUCCUCCGCCGCUACCACUCCCGAUCGAACAUUCUACGCCCAGUGGAUCUCCAAUUUUGGCAAGCAUCUUCAGAAGCGCUUCCUCUGUUGCUGGAUUCAGUUUUUGUGUGGAAAAGAGAAAACUCGUUCGGAAUAUCUUGAAACCUAGAAAUCAUGCAUGCGCCAGUUCUAGUUCUCAAGGACUCUUUGAAACGUGAGUCUGGAGCAAAGGUGCACCAUGCUAAUAUUCAGGCGUCUAAGGCCGUUGCUGACAUAAUCCGUACCACAUUGGGACCCAGGUCCAUGCUGAAAAUGCUUCUUGAUGCUUCGGGAGGAAUCGUAGUGACUAAUGAUGGGAAUGCUAUCUUACGUGAAUUAGAUGUUGCUCAUCCGGCUGCAAAGUCUAUGAUUGAAUUAAGUCGUACUCAAGAUGAAGAAGUAGGAGAUGGAACAACAUCGGUCAUCAUUCUUGCUGGUGAGAUGCUCCAUGUUGCUGAAGCAUUCAUUGACAAAAAUUAUCAUCCCACAGUUAUUUGCCGAGCAUAUAACAAAGCUUUGGAGGAUGCUAUUGCUGUUAUUGACAAAAUUGCAAUGCCAAUUGAUGCUCAAGAUCGGGCUACAAUGCUGGGGCUAGUAAAAAGCUGCAUAGGCACCAAAUUCACUGGUCAAUUUGGGGAUUUGAUUGCUGAUUUAGCUAUUGAUGCUACUACAACUGUAGGCGUUGAUAUUGGCCAAGGUUUGAGAGAUGUGGAUAUUAAAAAUUAUAUUAAGGUUGAGAAGGUACCUGGUGGGCAGCUGGAGGAUUCAAGAGUUCUUAAGGGAGUUAUGUUUAACAAAGAUGUAGUUGCCCCUGGCAAAAUGAGGAGAAAGAUCGUUAACCCACGUAUCAUUCUCCUUGAUUCUCCUCUUGAGUAUAAAAAGGGUGAAAACCAAACAAAUGCUGAACUGCUUAAAGAAGAAGAUUGGAGUGUCUUAUUGAAGAUGGAGGAAGAAUACAUGGAGGAGCUCUGCAUGCAGAUAUUGAAGUUCAAACCGGACUUAGUAAUUACAGAGAAGGGCCUUAGUGAUUUGGCAUGCCAUUAUUUCAGCAAGCAUGGAGUUACUGCAAUCAGGAGAUUGAGGAAAACUGAUAAUAAUAGAAUUGCCAAGGCAUGUGGUGCUGUUAUUGUGAACAGACCAGAUGAAUUGCAGGAGUCUGAUGUUGGUACUGGUGCAGGGUUAUUUGAAGUUAAGAAAAUUGGAGAUGAAUUCUUUGCAUUCAUUGUUGAUUGCAAAGACCCCAAAGCUUGUACUGUACUAUUAAGGGGUGCUAGUAAGGAUCUCUUAAACGAGGUUGAAAGAAACCUACAGGAUGCUAUGUCUGUUGCAAGGAACAUAAUCAAAAAUCCAAAGCUUCUUCCUGGAGGUGGUGCUACUGAGUUUACUGUGUCAGCUACUUUGAAACAGAAGAGUUCAUCUAUUGAAGGGAUAGAGAAGUGGCCGUAUGAAGCUGCUGCAAUUGCUUUUGAAGCUAUUCCACGAACUUUAGCACAAAAUUGUGGAGUAAAUGUCAUCCGGACUAUGACUGCACUACAAGGAAAACAUGCAAAUGGAGAAAAUGCUUGGAUUGGCAUAGAUGGAAAUACUGGUGCCAUUGCUGACAUGAAAGAGCGCAAGAUCUGGGAUGCCUAUAAUGUUAAGGCACAAACGUUUAAGACCGCCAUUGAAGCUGCUUGCAUGCUUUUGAGGAUUGAUGAUAUCGUGAGUGGGAUCAAGAAGAAACAGGCCCCUGGAGCAGGUCCCUCAAAGCCCAAGGUUGAGACUGAGGCAGAUGCUGACGGCGAGCAAAUCCUUCCCGACUAAAAAACAUAGUUCACCUGUCAUUGUUUUUUGACACAGUUGAAAAUUUGCUAGGUUCUUGUUCAUCUUUAAAAACUAUAUGCAUGUUCUUAGAAGUUUUGGUUCCUUAAUUGGUCUGGUGUUUGUGCCUUGUAUUGUCUGCAAAAGCUAGUUAUGAACUUUGUUGAUGUUACAAAUGGCGUUUGCUUAAUCUGAGUGUCCAGAGUCCAAAUUUUGGGAUUGUGCUAGGGUUAGGGUUUAAAUGAUUAGUUUUCCUCACUGAAGGUUGUUUGUUGAGCUGUAUCUUGAUUCUCAUGCUAUUCAUUUGAAAUCGUGUUCUACAUCGUA